AUGAAAGACCGUCUCUCGGAAGGGCUUCCCGCGCUUGACAUUCCCAAAGAUGUGCAGAUUGGCAUCGUGCAAAAGUUCAGCAAGGAUGCUCCCCUCAGCGGCGAGGCAGCUUCCGCCAAAGAGUUUUGGAACACGAUGUGCCCGCUGGCAGAGCCACCGAGCGAGGGUAUGUCGCCCAAGACCUUCGACCUGCGAGCACCGAGACUUGCGGAAUGCGACGGGGACGACCUGACAAAGGUUCGCUUGUGCGAGAAAGCCGUCCUUGACCGAUUGGUUCGACUCGUGAAGGAGGGUGAAGCGCAGCAGCAGGACUUGGCCGACGCCCUCAUCCGGCAGAUGGAGCAGAGCUUGUCGGCUUCUGUGUUGCCGGAGGAGCAUGCAAGCAAGAAAGCCGUUAAUCGCCUGAUUGUCGGUCUGAAGGCUCUGACGGCCGUGUCAGGCACGAACGUAUGCGUGACGUCCUUGCCUGAUCCCAGCUUUGUGAAGACUUUGACGGCAGAGAAGAACAUGGCCAACCCGCUCGGCGCUUUGUUGGAUCAGUACUGGACCUACGCAUUUGCGGAGCAAUCCUGCAAAGACGAGCUGGAAACCUUCGCGAACAUGUUCAGCAAAGACAACUUGGAUAAGUUGAAGAUCGAGACCGUGCACGAGUUUUUCAGUAAACUCAGGAUCUACCACGAGAGCCUUCGAGCCGGAGCCGUCGAGGAGUUGCAGGUGCUGGCAAUCUCGGCAUUGCAGUCGCUAGCAGAACAGAUGCUGGCGGACAGUGGAAGCCCGGCUACGACGGCCGUGCGCUUGAUGGAGGAAACCUGUUUGCUUGCCAAAUCGAACGUCAGGGACGCCGAAGAGGCUGUGUCCAAGUUGGAGCCUAUUUUGGCGGCUUUGCGACCCAAGCUUCUGGCGGUGGACCAAGAAGCCAAACGGCAAGAUCUGGGGAACGCUGUGACACAGCUUUCCGCUGCUACAUCCAAUUCCGAGAUGCUGGAGAUGCACCCCAAGCUCAAGAAACUUGCCUUGGAAGGCAUCUUGAUUCCAGAGGCGAUGGAUCAGGACAGCGCUCCUCGGCUGGGUGACUAUAGUGACUAUAGGAGCCUUGUAUGGGUCCAGCAGUUGUCAACUCAGUUGUCAUGUGUAGCGGCGUAG